UCUACCACUAUAAUAACACUUGAUCCCUUCGCUUUCCUUUCUUCUCCGCCUACAUUUGCAUCUAUCAGGGUUUCAAGCCAACCAACCAGUGCGGCAGCAGCAGCAGCAGUGAACGCCACAUCUCCGUCACCAUGGGUCGUAUGCACAGCGGCGGAAAGGGUAUUUCAGCCUCAGCUAAGCCAUACAAGAGAACGCCACCAAGCUGGCUCAAGAUCUCUCCUCAGGAUGUUCAAGACAGUAUCUGUAAGUUUGCAAAGAAGGGUCUAACCCCAUCACAGAUUGGUGUUAUCCUUCGUGAUUCUCAUGGAAUUGCACAAGUGAACAGUGUAACUGGGAGUAAGAUUCUCAGGAUUCUCAAGGCACAUGGGCUUGCUCCUGAAAUCCCAGAGGAUUUAUACCAUUUGAUCAAGAAGGCAGUUGCUAUCAGAAAGCAUUUGGAGAGGAACAGGAAGGACAAGGAUUCCAAAUUCAGGUUGAUUCUUGUUGAGAGCAGGAUUCACAGACUUGCUCGUUACUACAAGAAGACCAAGAAGCUUCCACCUGUCUGGAAAUAUGAGUCAACCACAGCUAGCACCCUUGUGGCAUAGGAAAGUGGUUUAGGGAAUUGAAUUUUGAGUUUUAAAAGCGAUGUUUUUGUUGGGAACAUUCUGCUUAUCUUUGUUAUAACUAAGGAUAUUUGAACCAUGAAAAGAUUUUGAUUGAAGAACUUGCUAAGAAUGUAGUAUCAAUUUUAAAGCACUUUGUCAUUCAUGUUUGUUUA